GAGCAGCGCUUUUUGCGUCCACCUUGUUCUUUUUUUUCCUGUGUUCGUCCUUUCAUACACGCAACUAUUCAUAACGUAGCCAUGCACCAACACGCCCAGCGAGAAGUUGUAAAUUACCUUAUAGUUGGGACGCCCUGUAUAUACCGGGUGUUUCAGCAAACAUUUAAAAAAUUUUUUAAACGUCAUCUGUGGCAGAUCGUAAUUCUAGUUCAUGAGCUGGUCAACUUGAAGCGGCGGGCACUACUUGCAGAAAAAAGUGAAACACACAAUCGACUAAUUAACAAUAAUUCCCUAAUUAAGUUUCUAACUACUUACCUUUUGGCCCAUAUUGCAAUUUGGAAAUUCUAGCCGUGUAGUUCUCAAGGCGGAUCCAAAUGGAACGAAUUAUCAGGGUGAUACCAGUUUCGAUAUAUUAAUUCCCGAACUUUGCGGAGAACUGCAUUGGCGUUGCAGUUACUUUUGUUGGUGAAUGCAUAAAACAGAGCAAUAACUUCACUGUGCUUAAAGAGAGAUUUAUCGUUCUCAUUGAAAACAAAAUACCCGUCUAGUCUGCGCCGUAAUAUAUCUUUGAAUAUGAGCCGGCUACAAACUAGCUCAAACCAAGAUUCUGCAGUGGAAGGUUCUUUUUUAAUCGAGCCUAUAUAACCGGCCUAAACGGCUGUACAGGGACCGAGGUUCGGUCCCCCACAACAAUAUGCGUGUCAACGAGCGAAAAGGCUGACAGCCGUUCCCGCCGGUGGCAGGAGCAGAAUAUUUUAUUUAUUCUUUACUUUUUCUACACUCGAAGCUCGCGGCACGAGGUACGAGUGACAAGCGCCGCAGCGCGCCAUAUACAAAGGGUGACCGAGGAACGUGACGAUGGCUGCUAGAGCCAUAUUUGUCGCAAAUAUAUGCCUUAAUGACAGCAUUAGAGGGCUUGCGGUCUCCAUACUCAUGUCGGAAGUGGGUCGGAAGUCGUUUGAAUUGUGCACCAGAUGUUCGUGUCUAGAAUUCUUGCAUGAGAACAAUGGUGCUGAGAACAGUGGAACGUGUUCCACACGUAUGAGGAUGCUCUUCUCGCACGCGGGAGAACGACAAGGUGACGAAAGUGACGCGGCAAGUGCUGUCGACUUUCUCUCUUUGUGCCAUGCGAUAGCGAUUGCGCACGACUCAAUUCACACUCGCAGGUUCUUAUGCGACUGCGGCGAUCGAGACCACGUUUCCCAAUAUCAUUUUUCGUGGCGGUGACGUCAAGGUGGUGGUAACCCAGGCGACGCCCGUGGCAACCACGGAGAAAACAACCAUCGCGACCACCACGCCUGUUGCGUCAACGGCAGAGCCCUCGCAAAUGAUGGACGACCAGCCCCUGGUGUGCACGAUGGGCACGACGCUCAACUCGACGGAGAUGUUCCCCCCGGACGGCCUGUGCGAGUACAUCUUCUACGACUCGCUCUACAGGGAGGGCCGCAACUCGAUAGUUUCGCCCGAGCAAUUCGACCCCAACUUGCGGACCUUCAUGGACGUCGCACCGACGUACCGCAUCACGGCGUUCGGCAUCGGCGUCACCUUCAGUGUUGUCUAUUUCCUGGAGAUUUACCUGAACACCAGCACCUCGGAUUACAAGCCGAUGAAGCCCUUCUGGGAUAACUCAAUCUACCACAUCGGUAUCCUGGACACGCACACCGUGGACCCGGUGGAACGUGAAGUAAUAUCUGCCCUGGGAUGCCUUAAGCUCCUGCGUGACCGUUUUUCUUCGGAACUUAUGAUUCAAGGCCGCAAGGUCUUCACAGUUUUCGCAGCAAGUGUUCCGGACGACGUCUGGGCUAACUUCUACAUCAGAAAUUUCACGGGCUUGUUUAAGCCUGACCUGUUCAUCGCUUUCGGGCACUUCGAUCGAGGAGACAACUCGUUACCCAGCUGUCGCAUCGUGCCACCGACGCUGCUGCAGAGACCUCGGGGCGCCGAAGACAGCUACCAGCACGACAUGACAGCGGGGCUCGAGAGCAUCAAGAAGCUGUCGGCGUCAAGCUUGGCGCUGAAGUUCGCGUUAUCAGUGACCAUGAAGGGUCGCUUGGCGGAGUCCACGGUGCCAGAUCAGUACGAUUUCUUCACGCCAUGCAAGACCGACCCCCCCAUGGCUUCGUUCGCCAGCUACGCCCAGGUGUGCAACAAUCCAGGAUACAAAACGACGCCAAUCUACGAUCAUCAGGUGGACGGGACUCGAAUUCUCCACGCCGUCGAGCCUCAAGUCUUCUCUUACGACGACCGAGUGGGACUCUGCAAGAAGCUGUGCACAAUCAGGGCGCAAGGUACCUCCAUGAAAUUCGGGAUCGCGGUUUUCGACCUCGACUACGCCGACUUUUCCAACACGUGCGGCUCGAAGGGCGGGCCGUUCUCAAGGCUGCACAUGAUCCGCAAUGUCCUCAACUUCUUCAGGACAAGGUACACGACCACAGCGGACAUGGCAGACUGCGUGAACCUGGCCACGUGACAGGCGCGCGACGGACGUGUGCGUGGGAGGCACGAGAGCUGCGCACUUCCGACGCACUUCGUCAAUUCUCUGUGGAGCGAUCGG